AUGUUCCUUGCUUCAGACCCUGGCCCCCAGUUGUUACUACUCUUUUCUUUUGGAAUGGGGAUGGCAGCAGGGUCCAAGUGUCCACAAAGUUGUCUGUGUCAAGACCAAGAAGUAGCCUGCACAGAUUUGGAGCUAACAGAAUACCCCAAUGACAUUCCUCUGAACACCCGGAGGCUAUUCUUGAAUAAUAACAAAAUCACUAGUUUACCAGCUUUGCAACUAGGAUUUCUCAGUGACCUUGUUUACUUGGACUGUCAGAAGAACCGGAUUCGAGAGGUGAUGGAUUACACUUUCAUCGGGGUCUUCAAACUCAUCUACCUUGACCUCAGCUCCAACAACCUAACUUUCAUCUCCCCAAACAGUUUCUCAGUGCUUGGUAACCUGGUGCGGCUGAACAUUUCAAACAACCCUUACCUGUUGUAUCUUGACAAAUACACCUUUGCCAACACCAGCUCUUUGAGGUACCUGGACCUCAGAAAUACCGGAUUGCAGACGAUCGACGAAGAUGCUUUCCAACACCUGGUGGUGCUAAACACGAUGUAUCUAAGUGGAAACCCCUGGAACUGCAACUGUUCUUUCCUGGACUUCGCCAUCCACUUAUUAGUGUCCCAGAUGGAAACACCAGAUGGUCAGAUCGCCAUGUGCACAGAGCCCACUGAGCUGAGGGGUUGGCCCAUCACGCGGGUGGGGAACCCACUCCAGUACAUGUGCAUCACACACCUGGACAGCCACGACUACAUCUUCCUACUCCUCAUCGGCUUCUGCAUCUUCGCCGCGGGCACUGUGGCCGCCUGGCUCACCGGGGUGUGUGCGGUGCUCUACCAGAAUGCCCACCGGAAGUCCAGUGGGGAUGAGGAGUCCCCACUGUCCGAGGAGGAGAAUAGGUUCGCCAACCAGAUUUUUCGAAGCCACACUAACUUCAGACAGGGUCGUUUCCCUCAGCUGAUCUAG